GGAUCAUCGCGUAGCGACGCGCAGUAGACUUUCAUGAGGGUGCCCUACAUCCAAUUUAGUGGCAUACGCAUCUAUAAUUGGCGUAUAUCAGAGAGAAUCGACCUGCCCCUUGGCCUUAUCCUGAUUCCGUUGCACUCGUGACCACCCUCGUUCCAUGGCGCUUAUUUGGAAAAUAUGACUACUACAUUUGGACACCCGCGCUACUUUCAGCUUAGGCAUCGAGUGGAGCACUCUCUGGCAUCUGAUACUUUGCUCAGACGUAUAAAACUAUUACACAAUGAAGUUCGCCUUUGUCGUUGCUCUUCUCUCCGCCUUCACCCUCCCAGCGUUCGGAGAACCCGCAUAUGUUACAUGGGACUAUACGUACGGCAACCCUGACGCGUCUCUCAAUAUCGUCUCCUGCUCCAACGGCAAAAAUGGUCUUGUGACCAAGGGGUACACCACCUUUUCCUCCCUUCCUUCAUUCCCCAACAUCGGAGGUGUUCCAGGUGGCGUCUGGAACUCCACCUUAUGUGGUUCCUGCUGGAGCCUCAAGUACGCCACGCCUAGCGGCAGCCAGACUACCGUCUACAUCACCGCUGUUGAUAAUUCUUACACAUUCAAUAUCUCACCAGAGGCAUUCGGAGAGUUGACUGAUGGCACUGGCUUCGAGGCCGGCAAAGUCAAAGUUAGAGCUCUUCGGGUUCCCUCGAGCAAGUGUGGCAUGUAGAGACGGGAAUGUUCUUUGGCAUCGAACAAUGCCUGAAGUGUCCGUGAGUAGAGCAUCUCGUACUUGGGCUCUAGUUCGUCAUUCGAUAAAUAUGGCAAGACGUACUGACUUAACAAUUCGUGUCAGCGGACCAAAUGCACCUUGGACCAUGGUAUAAUCAGUAAAUAUACAUGACGGCUUCUUUUUUGUUCUUUUUGCUCUGAUACUUUUGUUCUCAUCCGAUUACCGCGUACAUUUACAAUGAUAAAAGUCGGUGAUUUGGCGCCGUGAUUUCAGCCUGGA